GAUAAAGACGGUAACACACCGCUCCACGCAGCCGCCAUUUCAGGUCAUCGGAGCAUGCUGGAGGCCCUGGUAGAAAAAAUCCCGAAACCAACGGACAGAGCGUAUAGUGGCCAAAUAAAUAGGGAGAACAGCUUUGGCGAUACCCCGCUUCACCUCGCCAUUCAAUUCGACCACCCGGAUAUCGUCGGGUUUCUGGUAGAGAAGGGUGCGGAUCUGGGUGCCAAGAAUGGAAAGGGGUUGACACCAGUAGAAUUGGGUGAAAACCUCGGGAGAAGAGAUAGUUCGAAUAUUCUAAGCAAAACUGCGAAGGCCAGGGAGGUGACCACGGCGGAGACUCCGGUGAAGUCUAGGGAGACUGGGAGGACCAGGGAUGAGACUGAGGCGACCGGGGGGGAGACUGAGGUAACCGGAGGGGAGACUGAGGUGACCGGAGGGGAGACUGAGGUGACCGGAGGGGAGACUGAGGUUACCGGAGGGGAGACUGAGGUGACCGGAGGGGAGACUGAAGUGACCGGAGGGGAGACUGAGGUGACCGGAGGGGAGACUGAGGUGACCGGAGGGGAGACUGGGAAGGUUACUGGGCAGGAAGAUAGGGAGGGGGAUCAGGGGGGGGAGACCGGGAAAGAUAUAAGGAAAGAUGUUAGGGAGGAGACCAGGGAGGAGACCGGUGGGAAGAUCAGGGAGCAGAGCAGUGGAGAGACCGGUGGGGAGACCGGUGGGGAGAAUAGGGAGGGAAAUAGGGAGGGGAACGGGGAGGGGAACGGGGGGGGAAACGAGGAGGAGAACCAGGAGGAGACCGGGUGCGGUUGGGGGAGACUGUGUGGGAGACUGUGGCGGAGACUGUGGGGGAAACUUCGGAGAAUGAUGCAGAGGAGAGCCUAA